UUAUUUCCUUAAAAUGGCACUAACUCCGAAUCAAAUUCACAAGCCUUUACACCAUAAAUUCAAAUUCACCAAAAAUACAACAACAAAAAAUAAUAAUAACUUAGUCAAUGAGGUUGGUGUCUCUGCUCAAACAAUAUGGAAAGGGUUAAAGCUUUUCAAGCAAGGCAGUUCAACAAAUAUUUUUAUUAAUGAUAUUUUUGUUGAACAUGUUGAAGUUAAAAAAUAUAUUAUAGCUUCACUUAAUCUUAGACACCCCUCCCUCCCCCUAUGAAUAAUAAAUUAAUUACUUUAUCGAAAUUCUGAUCAUCUUCUGUUAAAUUUUCCAGCCAUUUUGGCAUUUUUUCAAAAAUUUCUCCUCCAAAUAUUUCUUCAUAAAUUAAUGGCCAUAUUUUUUCUUUUAAUUGUUUAAAUGCAAUAAAACGUUUAUAUAUUUCAUUAAUAAUAAUGCCUAUAUCAAUUAAAUAACGUUUUUCUAUUGAAGAGGUUUCGAUAAAUUCUAAAUAUAAUUUAUUAAUUAUUUGUUCAUUUGUAAAUUCAGAAAUUUUUAAUUUUAAUUCAUUUAAAGAUGUUGAAGAAAAUAAAGAAGAAAUAUUUUUUUGUUUUUCAUUAUUUCCUCCAAUUAAUUUAUUUGUUAAUUUCUUUUUUGGCUUUUUAGGAGGGGGAGGAGGCUUUUCUUUUAUUUUUUGUUUUUCCUCAACAAUUUCUGAUUUUAUUUGAAUUGUUUGUUCAACUGCUUUCUGAUUUUCUUCUUUUUCUGAAUUGCUUGUAUUUGCAAUAUUUUUAUUUUUUGAAGAUUUUGAUUUUUGUUUCUUUUUUGUAUUUUCUGAUGUUUUUUCUUUGUUUUUCUCUUUAAUUUUCUUCCCUUUCCCUUUACUUUCCUCAUUUAAUAAUUCUUCUUC